UUGCCAGGCACUGGAUGACCAUAAUUAAACAAUGUCUGUACCACGUGGAGCUGUCCAUGCAAAAUGGAUAGUGGGAACCAAAAUGCAGAAAACUGCCAAAGUGAGAGUGACAAGGCUUGUGCUAGAUCCUUACUUACUAAAGUUCUUUAACAAACGAAAAACCUAUUUUGCCCAUGAUCCAUUGCAGCAGUGUGUUGUUGGAGACAUUGUUCUUCUGAAAGCUUUGCCUGAGCGAAGGAGCAAACAUGUGAAACACGAACUGGCUGAAAUUGUUUUCAAGGUUGGAAAUGUCAUAGAUCCAAUAACAGGAAAACCCUGUGCGGGAACUAGAUUCCUUGAAAAUCUGUCAGAUUCGGAAAAUCUGACAGAGGCAGAUACUACCUAUCUAAGUGAAAAACUUCAGGAACUUAAAGUUUGUUCAACAGACAAAUAGUGGGGAAAAUAUUUAAACAGAGGGCUUUUCAGCUUGUCUCUGUCAGGGGUGUUUGGGGCCCUGCUGUUGUAUGUUAAAUGUUUCAGUGAAAUCUGUAGUCAAAAUAAAUAAUGAAUGUAGUUGCUUAUAAGAACAGAUGUUACAGAUUGAUAGGCACCUCAAAUCUUUAAAUGAAAAUACAGAGAAAAUGUGAGUUUAGUGUUAACAUGUCAUUUUAUUGCAUGUAGUUUUGCCCCAAGCCUUGACAGUUUCAAAAGCCAGCUGCUCACUUGGAACGAUUUUUCUGUGUUGAGAAAGACAAGAAUAUAACUGUAUGAUGUUUAAGUUUGGUGGGAGGGUCAUUACAUUAUUUGAUUGUUCUGUAUUUCAGACAGUCUUUUGUGGUUUGGAGGAUUAAGUAAGAUAAUGCUAUUAAACCUUUUGAAAGGAA